GGAUCCCAUGGAGUGUUCUCAGGAACUACUCCUCUGCCAGCGCCAAGGAGAAGACGAGGAGAAGUGCCAUCUGUGAGAGGACAGAGCUGCUGGAAGUGCUGAAAGCUCGAGUGAAGCAGCUCCAAGCCAGUAACGUCCCAGAGGUGACGGUCAACAAAGUGGAGCUGGCCCCGCUGGGAAAUGACAAGUACCAGGACCCGCUGCAGAAAGCGGUGGCUCCCGGCCCCAUGGAAGAACAGCCCGGUCCCAGGGGAAGGGAUGAGAGCCCGGCCCGGCCCAGCAGCUGGGUCGAGAAGUUGAAGAAGGAGAUGUACAUCCGGCAGCUGAAGGUGGAGCGGAAGUUAUCCAUCGCUGCCUCCCAGCUGGCUCAGGAGGGCCAGACCAAGGCCAAACCAAAGGGCAAGGCGAAGACCAAGACCAAGGCCAAGGCCAAAGCUAAAGCCAAGAAAAGCCUGAAGAGCCCAAAGGCUAAAGUGGCUGCUGCCUGGAGCCAGAGCCACGCUGGCCCCCAGGGUGACCACGCCUACGGCAAGCCCAGGGUGGCAGCAGUGAAGGAGGGUGCAAAGGCGCAGAGGCCUCGGAGGGUGCUGGAGGACAAGGACAGCAGCCAGUACAAGAUCCUGCAGCAGACCAUCCAGUCCAACCUCGAAUGCUUCCUCUUCUUGCAGCAGCCAGAGGAGGCUGAGAGGUUCCUUCUCUUGUACCACAGGUCCCCUGUGAAGAGAAGGCUUUUGAAUGUCAAUGCGUACAACAUCGUGAUGCGUAGCUGGGCAAGAAAGGGCCACUUGCAGCGCAUCAACCGGCUGUUUUCCAUGCUGGAGUCCGUCGGCCUCCGGCCCAGCCUGGACUCCUACGCGGCAGCGCUGGAGUGCAUGGGCCGGAACCAGUCGUCCACCAAAGCCAUCUGGAGAUGUGUGCAGCAGCUGAAGAACGAUGGCUUCCAUGUGGAUGACCUCUUCCAAAAGUGCCUGUUUGAGGAAGAUGAGAAGGAGAAGGUGCUAAGGGCCAUCAGGAUUGUCCAGCCCGACUACCAGCUGCCCCCUCCACCCAACCCCCAGACCUGCAAGACUUCUCUGCUCCAGGACUUCUACUCCGAAGAGAAGAUGGUGUCAUAUCCCAAGCUGGAUUUCUCUGUGCAGGAGCUGCAGGAGCGCUUUCAGCAGCAGCUGGAGAUGGAGCUGGACAACACUGUAACCAUCGAGUCAGUAGAGUCAACCAAACCUCUGACCCCGCAAGCCAUUAAAGCGCGCAAACUGCUGGCCACUCUUCGUUCCCGGUGGCAUGACUCCAUUCUCCAGGCCCUGCAGAAGUCGAAGCACAGCAUGUCCAAGCUCAAGACAGUGUCAGGGUACAACAUUCUCUACCCCUACCUGUGCCUGCUGCCAGAUGAGGAGUACGUGGACAUCAUGCUGCAGAUCCUCAACACCCUCUCUCCACAAGGAGAAUCCCUGGCUGUCUUAGCCAGGGAGCUGGGCUCCAAAGUCUACAACCGAUACAUCACCCAGAGGAAGCUGCGCAGCCGCCAGCUGGAGAAGGUGCAGAAGGUCUAUGAGGACUACAUCCACCUGCUGGCAAAGGACAGCCAGCCUAACGAGUACUUGCCACGGGAAUAUUGGGAGAAGCUGGUGGGAGAAGCAGGCUUUGGGCCUUCCCUGAACUUGAAGGACUGCAGCUGGCCGUACAUGCUCCUCAUGCGCCUGGGCAUGCACAUGCUGGAACUCUUGGUGCAUGCUGUGAAGGUGCCCAGGAACAUCCUCAAUCCUCGCCUGGAGCCCAAGCUUAUCCCCGUCCUCUACCACAUCUACUCCUUCCGCAGCAGCUGGCAGGUUGGGCUGGUAAAGCCCCAUCCCAUCUUCUCCCAGAUUGUGUCCGAUGCCGCAGAGACCUUGCUGACCUUUAACUCCUCUGCCCUACCUAUGCUGUGUCCCCCAGUACCCUGGACCUCCCCCCAUUUUGGUGCCUUUGUCCUGAAUGACACCAAGUUGAUGCGCUUUGUGGAUGGGGCCGUCCAGCACCAGCUGCUCCUGGAGCAGUGUCCUCUGGUGAACCUCCACCCCGUGCUGGAUGCCCUGAACCAGCUGGGCAACUGUGCCUGGAAGAUUAACCAGCCAGUGCUGGAUAUCAUCAUCUCCAUCUUCAAUGACAAAGGCAAUGAGAAGCUGGACAUCCCACCGCCCAUCUCUGAGGCCCCCAGGCCUUCUGCUGCUCCCAGCAAUUCCUCUACCUGGAACAAGUCCCAGAAGCAUGAGUUGUUGCUGUGCAAGAAGAAGACAGCUGAAAUGCACAGCUUGCGCAUGGAUGCCCUCUAUAAGCUCUCCAUUGCCAACUACGUCAGGGACAAGGUGUUCUGGUUUCCUCACAACAUGGACUUCCGAGGCAGGACUUACCCUUGCCCACCUUAUUUCAACCACCUCGGUAACGAUGUCACCCGGGCCAUCCUGCUUUUCGCAGAGGGAAGGCCACUGGGGCCCAAGGGCCUUGACUGGCUGAAGAUCCACCUCAUUAACCUCACGGGGCUGAAGAAGAAGAACGCCUUGCAGGAGCGGCUGGAGUAUGCCAAUGAAAUCAUGGAGGAGAUUCUGGACUCAGCCGACCACCCGCUCACGGGCAGGAAGUGGUGGAUGAACACCGAUGAACCCUGGCAAGCCUUGGCGUGCUGUAUGGAAAUCGCCAAAGCCUCACGGUCCCCGGAUCCAGCAGCCUACGUCUCUCACUUCCCAGUUCACCAGGACGGCUCUUGCAAUGGUCUGCAGCACUAUGCAGCUCUUGGCCGGGACCUUAUUGGUGCCAUCUCCGUCAAUCUGAUGCCCUGCAAUGUCCCCCAGGAUGUCUACAGUGCAGUGGCCCAGCAGGUGGAAGAGUUUCGGAAGAAGGAUGCUGAACAGGGGGUGAAGAUCGCCCAGGUGCUGCAAGGCUUCAUCAGCCGCAAGGUGGUGAAGCAGACGGUGAUGACGGUGGUGUACGGUGUCACACGCUACGGCGGGCGGCUGCAGAUGGAGAAGCGUCUCAAGGAGAUAGAUGAGUUCCCUGAGGAAUACUUGUGGGAAGCGUCUCACUACCUCGUAAAGCAGGUGUUCAAUGGCAUCAAGGAGAUGUUCUCAGCAACUCGAGAUAUCCAG